CAUUCAAGUUUCAGUCUUUGUUUACACUCUCUAGUCUUCCCCCUCUUCUAUGCGAUGCGCAUUUUCUCCUCUCCAAACACUGCAAUGACGACACCGGCUAAGACGUGCUCCCUCUGGAAAGCACCAGUAAACUGCAGUAACCGGAGCACAGUGGAAUCAGGAGCAGUAGUAAAUGCGACGAGUUUGAAAAUAUCAUCCAAUCGGAAGUGUGCAGGUUGUUUUAAAUUGAAAGUAGUGAAUUCGUUAUCCAACAACGGAAAUGGAAGCGCUAGCGGUGGAGCUCCGGUGACAUUGCCAUUUUCUCCGACGAAUAAUGGAGCUGCCUCGCCACUUUCUUCCAAAGUGAAACGCCACACAAUCUCAGUGUUUGUUGGAGAUGAAAGCGGUAUAAUAAACCGAAUUACAGGGGUUUUUGCUAGAAGAGGUUACAACAUUGAAUCUCUUGCUGUUGGCUUGAAUAAGGACAAAGCUUUGUUCACCAUAGUUGUCUCUGGAACUGAGAAGGUCUUGCAACAAGUUGUAGAGCAGCUCAACAAGCUUGUUAAUGUCUUAAAGGUGGAAGAUCUUUCAAAGGAACCACAGGUAGAACGGGAAUUGAUGCUUGUGAAGCUUAAUGUCAAUCAAACCACAAGAUCUGAGAUUAUGUGGCUAGUAGACAUCUUUAGAGCCAAAGUUGUGGAUACAACAGAAUACUCAUUGACAAUAGAGGUCACUGGGGAUCCUGGGAAGAUGGUUACUGUUCAGAGAAACUUAGCCAAAUUUGGAAUCAAAGAGCUCACAAGAACAGGGAAGAUUGCUUUAAGAAGAGAAAAACUGGGCGAAAGUGCUCCAUUUUGGAACUUCUCUGCAGCUUCUUAUCCAGAUCUGGAAGCCCCAACUCCAAUUCCUACUGCCUCAAGUAUAACUCACACGGUUGAUGAGAACUUGAGUGUGGUUUCAAGGGGAGAUGUUUAUCCUGUGGAGUACUACAAUAGGUUCUCAAUGAAUCAAGUCCUUGACCCCCACUGGGGUGUGCUUUAUGAAGAAGAUUCAACUGGUCAUAAGUCUCACACUGUCAACAUUCUUGUGAAUAAUGCUCCUGGAGUUCUCAACCUGGUCACCGGGGUUAUAUCCAGAAGGGGUUACAACAUCCAGAGUCUGGCUGCAGGUCCUGCAGAAAUGGAGGGUCUAGCUCGGAUUACAACUGUGAUUCCUGGAACAGAUGAAUCUAUUGACAAAUUGGUUCAACAGUUUUACAAACUGGUGGAUGUUCAUGAGGUGAAAGAUAUUACAUAUUUGCCAUUUGCAGAACGUGAGCUGAUGUUGAUCAAAGUUGCUGCAAAUGCUUCUGCUCGAAGGGAUGUUCUGGACAUUGCCUGCAUCUUUCGAGCUAAACCUGUUGAUGUUUCUGAUCACACUAUCACAUUAGAGCUCACUGGAGAUUUUAAUAAGAUGCUUGCACUGCAAAGGUUAUUGGAGUCGUAUGGGAUUUGUGAGGUUGCAAGAACGGGUCGGGUGGCAUUGGUGAGGGAAUCGGGGGUGAAUUCUGCAUAUCUUCGUGGAUUCUCUCUUCCAGUCUAAUAAACCACAAAGCUUCUUCAUGUUAUUUGUUGUUGUAUUACUAUUAAUGGUUGGUUGAUCUUCAUGCAAGUUAUAUUUUAUAUUUUAUAUAAAAUAAAUGCAAGUUACAUGGCGGAGCAGCGGACCCAAGAAAAUUUUCUACCAGGGAACAAAAAUUCCUUUCUUUGCUCACCACCGCUGGCAAUAGAGAAAAACUACAAUAAAAAUCGAUCUUUGUUGUUAUAAUGUUAUUCAC